ACCUCAUGCAUCUCCAAUAAGAACCGUUCGGAACUUGUGAAUAUUUCAGAAUCUGUUUACCCGCGAAACAUUGUCAAAAAAAUUGGCAGCGAAUAUUUCACACAAUUUCAAAAUUCCAAAUUAUGGGCAAUAAAGAGAAGUGUUUUGACAACUGGUUGGAUCGGUUCCUGAUCUGUCUUCUGGGAUGUUUCGAAAUUUGCUGUUGUUGUCUGUUUGCCGCUCUGUAAUGGAAUAAAAAGUGUUUUGGAUUUGAGUCGCAUUACUUGGAGUCAAAAUUUAAUUAGUGCACCUUCAAAGUGGCACUCUAAUGAAGUGUCUGGGCACCGCAACACGAAACUGAUCGAUAACAUCUCUUUGAGCAGUUCUUUGUAAACAGGGCUUUCGGGCGAAAUUCGCUAACUUGAUCCCGAAUUAAACAAAAACCGAGUGGGGCUCUCGAGGCUUAAGGAGUCGGUGGCUCCUUCGGAGGCCGAUAAAACGCCAGACACACGUUCGGCCUUGGAAUAUUAUCCGUUUGCGAUGGUUUUUCGCUUAAGAGUAUUACAGAUCGUCUGUGGCAUCUCGUUUUUAGUCAUUGGAACGGUGGCUUUCAUCGAAGAGAAAGGGACGAUGAAUCUGGGCUUGGGGAUUCCCGCAGGAGGAGCGACGAUUCUAGCUGCAGCUGCCAGCAUCCACACCACGAAGGGCUUCAGCGGCUACCGCUCCUCGUCAUGCAUGCCAGGCUCGCACUUCCGCUUCCUCGGCCCUUCGGUGAAAAUCGCCAUCCCUUUAACAAUCCUCUGGGCCACGGCGUGCUCUUUCCUCGCCAUUCUCAUGCUGAAAUCCACCAAAAUCCUCACCUGCUACCAAGACAACAUCUGCAUAAACGAAGUCAACCCUUCGGACGAAGAAAACGACCUUCUGGUCCUGGCCUCAGUGGAGCUCCUCCUCGCUGUUGUCACCUUCCUGGCCGUCUUUAUGCUGCUGAGGAUCGACUGCAAAUACGAUCCCGACUGAUCGGCGCCGCCUCCUGACCCCCAGGGGGCUGGCCAGGGGGUCAGCGUCAUCGGGGGCGUCGGGGGGUUCUCCAUGCCCGCCACCACCACCACCACCUGCGAGAGGGUGGGGAGAAUUGCGUGGGUAGUUUAAAUAACACACACUUAAUUUGUAAAAAAAAUAUUUCUACCAGUGAAUAAAAUUAAUGUUAGUUUGUAGUAAAUGUUGUGUUCGUUUAUAGUUGGCUGUGAUUCGUUCGACGGUUGGCACAACCUGGUCUUAUAUAUAAAUAACCCUGUAUUUUUAAUUAAUUGUUAUGUUUUUUGUAUUCGUAGCACUUUAAUGUCGUUAAAAAUAAUUGUAAUUGUUGUAAAUACCUUUUCUGGUUUUGUUUAUACAUGCUGUAAUUAGU